UAUAACAACAGGAUGGCCUUUGUCUUACACACUCUUCUCUGAAACUUCGCUGCCAUGAACCAAUUCAUCAAGAAAUCAUUGGCAGGCUGGUUUUAUCACGGCCGGAAAAGAGUUGUGCCUUAUUGUGUUAAAAGAAGUACUCGCGGGCUAAGUCAAUUGACUUUAGAGAAUCUUGAAAUUGAGUCAUCAUGGCAGUCCAUGGAGGGUCUGGUUAGAUGUUCUGCCAAUUAUGUUCCUUUGACACCAAUAAGUUUUUUGAAUCGAUCAGCAAAGAUUUUCGGAGAUAGAACAUCGGUCAUAUAUGGUUCUGUCAGGUACACUUGGGCAGAGACUCGUGCAAGAUGUCUGAAGUUAGCUUCUGCUUUGGCCCAGCUGGGGAUUUCUAGAGGGGAUAUUGUUGCUACACUGGCUCCAAACAUACCAGCAAUGCAGGAAUUGCAUUUUGCAGUGCCAAUGGCUGGAGGAGUUUUGUGCACGCUCAAUACACGCCAUGACUCAGCUAUGAUAUCAGUCUUGUUGAGGCAUUCAGAAGCCAAGGUAAUCUUUGUGGACUACCAGUUUCUUGAGGUCGCUCAAGGGGCAUUUGAUCUUCUUCAAAGUGCCCAAACAGAGCCUCCAAUUCUGGUAGUAAUCCCUGAAUCAGACAACUCAUGUCCCUCCAUUGAUACCUCUAACAGUCAUGAAUAUGAAAGUCUACUGUCAACCGGAAAUUGUCAAUUUCCUAUCAGGUGGCCUAAAACUGAAUGGGAUCCCAUAAGUGUAAACUAUACUUCUGGCACGACUUCGCGACCCAAAGGGGUUGUUUACAACCACAGAGGUGCUUACCUAAAUGCCAUUGCCACAUUUUUUAUUCAUGGCAUGGCCUCAGUGCCUGUUUAUCUUUGGACAGUACCAAUGUUCCACUGUAAUGCGUGGUGCCUGGUUUGGGGAUUGGCGGGCUUUGGUGGAACUAAUGUUUGCCUUAGACGUGUUACUCCAAAAGACAUCUUUGACAACAUAGUUCUCCAUAAGGUCACAAACAUAGGUGGGGCACCAACCGUCUUAAACAUGAUCGUCAAUUCGGCACCAAGUGAUCGGAAGCUACUUCCUCACAAGGUUGAUAUUAUGACUGGUGGUUCACCGCCACCUCCCCAGAUCCUAUUUAAGAUUGAGGAGCUAGGCUUCAGAGUAUCACACCUAUAUGGACUCACAGAAACUUAUGGUCCAGGAACAUCUUGCAUGUGGAGGCCAGAGUGGGAUUCUCUGCCUCCUGAUGAACGAGCAAAGCAGAAAGCACGACAAGGAGUGCAGCAUCUUGGUUUAGAGGAAGUUGACGUUAAGGAUCGUGUCACCAUGGAUAGUGUGCCUGCUGAUGGGAAAACAAUUGGUGAAAUUAUGUUUAGAGGAAACACUGUGAUGAGUGGAUACUUGAAAGAUUUGAAGGCAACAGAAGAAGCAUUCGGAGGUGGGUGGUUCAGGAGUGGUGAUCUUGCUGUAAAACAUCCAGAUGGCUACAUUGAAGUUAAAGACCGUCUGAAAGACGUCAUAAUUUCAGGCGGUGAAAAUAUAAGCAGUGUUGAAGUAGAAACCGUUCUGUUUAGUCAUCCAGCAAUUCUUGAAGCUGCCGUUGUGGCGAGACCAGAUAAUCAUUGGGGUCAGACCCCUUGUGCGUUUGUGAAGUUGAAGGAGGGUUUUAAGGUUGAUCCUGAAGAGAUAAUCAAAUUUUGCAGGGAUAAAUUGCCUCAUUAUAUGGCACCAAGAACAGUCAUUUUUGAAGACCUGCCAAAAACAUCCACUGGCAAAGUUCAGAAAUUUAUCCUCAGGGAGAAAGCGAAGGCCUUGGGAAGCCUUUUCUAAAAUGAAAAGCUAAGCAGUUAUUCAACUUAUCCGUGGAGCAGAAAGUGUCGCAGAUUCUUGCUUCCCCUCUUAAUACUGAUUUUCUGUUACUGGUACAACCUCUUGCGGUCACAUUGAGCUCGAAAUCUGAUGAAUUGGAAAGAUGGUGGAAAGAAUCCAGGGGAAGAAAUUUGGAGAAAGGACCGAAGGCAAGUUUGUCUUCUAAUCCGAGACUUCGGAAAUUGGACUGCCGGCUCCAUUCUUGGGAGCUGCCUCAUGAAUCAUGAUAUUGUCUAACCCCAGAAUAUCAUUCUUCCCAUCACGUCAUAACUCAUAAAUGAUGCUUCAUUCUUCGGCUUGAUGUCAGGCUUCAGUUGAUAAUCCUUUUUUCUCUUCAGAACAUGAUACUACAGUGCCCAGAUAUGCUAAAAUAACAGGUUAUGCUCAGUGGUUUUAGCCUGGCAGGAAUAACCACAAAUGAUUAGUGCCAUGAAGUUCUUUAUCGUCUGUAAUCAAGUAUCGUGUACAUUAAACAACUUCCAUGAGAAACAUUUAUAGCAGAACAUGCAAAAAUUUCUUUCUUAUUUUA